AUGGCGGUGCUGGCGAACGGAUUGUGCAGAAAAUUUGGACCGCAUGUGUGUUUUGGAUGUUAUCACGUAUUUGUGGGUAUCAGUUCAAGUGUCGCCAUGUCUAUCACGACUACAGUAGUCUUUCGAUACUCGCUAAUCAAAAAUUGGCGGCUCCGACGGAAUUCAUUGAUAGCGUUGGUACUCGGUAGUCAUAUUCCGCCGCUCAUCGCUACACUCACACCCUUCACGGCCCCAUGGAAUUUCGAAAUAGUACGGGAGCAGUCUAUCCGAGAGCAUCCCUCCCACGACCUAUCGAUUUAUACCCCAUUUUCGGGAUUCGCCGACACCAAAUCCCUCCAAUUCUUAUUUGUGACAGGCGCGGUGGCCGUUGGUGCCUACGGUGUUCCAAUGGUAUCGGUUUUUAUUAUUCGAAAAAUUCUGGAACUCACUAAAACUCACUCGAAGUUAUCGAAUAAUACGAAGAGGCAUACCAGGACUUUGAUGAAGGGACUCGCUUGCCAAGCAAUGCUUCCACUCAUCUCAUAUUUUCCUAUAAUGACGUUAUACCUGAUAACACAAUUCACAGCCGAGGAGUUUUUGAUUACUGAACACCUGCUAAACAUAAUGACAUGUCUACCAGCCCUAAUUGAUCCGUUCAUCUCCUUCUACUUCAUCGUCCCAUAUCGUCACGCAAUCCUUCGUGUCGUCGGAAAAAAAGCGAAUUCAACAAUUGUCGACGUGUCAACAGCACACAAGAGCACACUUCACGAGUGA